UCAAAGCGCCGGGACUGAGCUCAGUGUGGUGCUGCAGAUCACAGCCGGCCUUUUCUCUGUGUGCUUGUUGGGGUUUUUUUUUUGUUUGUUUUUUUGUAAUAAGACUGGAAGUAUGAGCUGUUCCACUCCCGAUCCGAGGCUGGAGCAUCUGCUGAGCGCGGUGGAGAGCGAGUUUCAGAAAGGGAGCGAGAAAGGAGACGCGUCGGAGCGGGACAUUAAAGUGAGCCUGGAGGACGCAGAGCUGUGGAGCAAGUUUAAAGAGCUCACCAAUGAAAUGAUUGUGACCAAGACUGGCAGGCGGAUGUUCCCCGUGCUGAGGGCGAGUGUUAGCGGUCUGGACCCCAACGCCAUGUACUCGGUGCUGCUGGACUUUGUGGCUGCAGAUAAUAACCGCUGGAAGUACGUGAACGGAGAGUGGGUUCCGGGCGGCAAGCCGGAGCCGCAGAGCCCCAGCUGCGUGUACAUCCACCCCGACUCCCCCAACUUCGGAGCCCACUGGAUGAAAGCACCUGUGUCCUUCAGCAAAGUCAAACUGUCCAACAAACUCAACGGAGGAGGACAGAUUAUGUUGAACUCCCUGCACAAGUAUGAGCCGAGGAUCCACAUUGUGAAGGUGGGAGGCAUCCAGAAAAUGAUCAGCAGCCAAUCUUUCCCAGAGACUCAGUUCAUAGCAGUUACAGCUUACCAAAAUGAAGAGAUUACAGCUCUGAAGAUCAAACACAACCCUUUUGCUAAGGCCUUCUUGGAUGCUAAAGAGAGGAGUGACCACCGGGAGGCCCAAGAUCAAAGCAGUGACAAUCAGCAGUCUGGCUACUCACAGAUUGGUGGCUGGUUUUUGCCCAGUAAUGGCCCCAUCUGCCCCAGCAAUAGCCCGCCCCAGUUCAGUGGGUCCCCGGGUCACUCCUCCAGCUCUUACUGCGAGCGCUACUCCAGCCUGCGGAGCCACCGAGCAUCUCCGUACCCCAGCCAUUACCCUCAUCGCAGCACUAACAACAACAAUUACAUGGACAGCUCAUCAGGGAGUAUUCCAACCCAUGACAACUGGUCAACCUUGCAAAUCCCUAAUUCUAGUGGAAUGGGCACCCUUGCUCAUACCACUAACUCCACCUCCAACACUAGCCAGUACCCCAGCCUAUGGUCUGUGGCUGGGACUGCCCUCACCCCAUCCGGCUCAGCUUCAGGCUCCAUUGCUGGGGGUCUAACCUCUCAGUUCCUGCGAGGCUCCUCCGUGUCUUACUCAGGUCUGACCUCCUCUCUACCCGUCUCUUCUCCAUCGACCAUGUAUGAUCCCAGCCUGACUGAAGCGGGAGUGGCUGAUGCCCAGUUUGAGACGUCCAUUGCUAGGCUUACAGCUUCCUGGGCACCUGUAGCACAGAGCUACUGAGAACUGACUGGGGCCCAAGAGACUUGCUGCUGCCGUUACAGAGCUAGCGUAAGCACCCUGGAUCUGAGGUUAAGAUCCCUGGAUGGUGAUAAAAUAAAUAGAUAGCUCUAAUGCAGGUGAGUAGGAGAAGAUCCAGAAGAGAUUCCUUCAAGCAGUUUUAGGAAAUUCCUUUAUCAUGUUAGAAUGCUGAAAUAAAUACAUGACUCAUAGUCAUUGCUACUGAUGAUAGUAAUAAUUUUAUAGAAAGUAUAGAAAAUUUACUGUCAGCCAUUUUGGGACCAACAGUGGAGCUCCUGGAACUACAAGAUUAAUAAGACCAAAGGUUAUUGUUGACUGAAUAAAUGUAAAUGUCUGUAAAUAAAUUUAAGUUAAUGUCCAUUCUUGUGGUUGGUCAUAUAGAAUAUAAAUUUAAAAUAUUCAGAAACCUAUGUGUGCUUGAAAGAAAGAAGGACAUGUGUCUUGUAUCCUUUCUGGUAAUAUGCAAUGGGAUGUCCUGUAACUUGCACACAGAAGUGCCUUGUACAUACCUAUCUAUUUGUACUUGUUUGCUGUAAGCUUUAUUUAUGUCUUUUUAAUAUUAAAUUAAUUUUUUUUCUCCAAAA